GAAAAAACAAACAAACAAACUGAAAAGAAAGUUGAAGAAGGAGAAUUCAGCAGAAGGAGUUGGAACAAAAUGCCGGUGCCUCAGAAACUUGGAACAGUGCGAUCCAAACAGGGAUCUAACAGCCAGUUAAAAGCACCUGCUGUAAAGGGAGCAAAAGUCUCCAACAAAAAGAAGGACGAAGAGGUUGGGACAGAGACCGGAGACGGAGAUGAGUGGAUGCAUGGGAAGACCCUGGUUAAACCUCCAGACCAGUUGGACCUGAAUGAGGCGGAGCUGAAAGAGGAGUUCACAAGAAUACUGACAGCAAACAAUCCACAUGCUCCACAGAAUAUUGUCAGAUACAGCUUCAAAGAUCGUUCCUAUAAGCCGGUCAGCAGCGUGGAUCAGUUGGCGGUUCACUUUGUGCUGGAGGGCAACCUUUUGCAUAAGGAUUCUGAUGAAGCUCGAAGACAAAGAGCAAGGCAGGGCUUUGCAGAGGAAAAAACAUCUGAAACCUCUGUAGCAGAAAAUGAGGACAAGCCUGAGACUCCGGCUGAUGGGGGUGAGGAUGCAGGAGAUGCAGAAUACAGUACUGGAGAGGAGAGACCGGACAGCGUGGAUGUCCUGGAGGGGAAGAAAGAGCGCAAAAUCACCAACCAGUUCAACUUCAGCGAAAGAGCAUCGCAGACGCUCAACAAUCCUCAGAGAGAAAGAGCCUGCCAAACUGAACCUCCUCCUCGUGCCACCUUCGCCGCUACAGCUAAUCAGUGGGAGAUCUAUGAUGCCUAUGUGGAGGAGCUCCAGAAGCAGGAGAAGAAUAAGGAGAAACAGAAGACAUUUUCGUUUAAGAAGGAGGACAACAAAGGGAAGAAGAAGACAGUGUUGGUCGAGAAUCAGAGCGACGAUGUUACCAAAGUGGCGAAAGCGGCCAAGAUUAUCGAGCGCAUGGUGACUCAGAACACCUUUGAUGACAUCGCUCAGGAUUUUAAAUACUUUGAGGAUACGUCAGAUGAGUUUCGAGAACACGAGGGAACUCUUCUGCCACUGUGGAAGUUCCAAUACGACAAAGCUAAACAUCUCUCAGUCACUGCGCUUUGCUGGAAUCAGAAAUACACAGACUUGUUCGGUGUAGGACUCGGGUCAUUUGAGUUGAUGAAGCAGGGACGAGGCAUGCUGCUCUUCUACUCCCUGAAGAACUCCACCAACCCUGAGUAUAUAUUCCACACUAAAACUGGGGUCAUGUGUCUGGACAUCCACAAACAGUUGUCUUACCUGGUGGCGGUGGGGUUCUACGAUGGUAACGUCGCAGUGUAUAACCUGAAGGAAGACAGAGAUCAGCCUGUUUAUAAGAGCACCGCCAAGUCGGGCAAGCACACUGACCCGGUGUGGCAGGUGAAGUGGCAGAACGAUGACAUAGACAAGAAUCAUAAUUUCUUCUCAGUCUCCUCUGAUGGACGUGUGGUGUCAUGGACUCUCGUGAAGAAUGAGCUACUGUUCACAGAUAUCAUAAAACUCUCUACAGAAGGAGCCGUUUCUGAAGGACAUGACGACAUGACUCCUGACACGGCCUGCGGAACCUCUUUCGAUUUCCAUAAAAAGAUCGACUACCUUUUUCUCGUUGGCACUGAAGAGGGCAAAAUACACAAGUGCUCCAAAUUCUACUCUAGCCAGUUCCUGCAGACGUACACCGCGCACAGCCUGUCUGUGGACGCCGUGAAGUGGAACAACUUCCAUCCAAAAGUCUUCAUCUCUUGUAGCUCAGAUUGGAAAGUCAAGAUUUGGGAUCACACUAUCACGACCCCAAUGUUCACCUUUGACCUGAACACAGCCGUGGGAGACGUGGCCUGGUCACCGUACUCAUCCACCGUGUUCGCUGCGGUCACCAUCGACGGAAAGGUGCAUGUGUUUGACCUGAGCAUCAACAAAUACGAAGCCAUAUGCCAGCAGGCCGUGGUGUCUAAGAAGACCAAGCUAACUCACAUCGAGUUUAACCCACUGUACCCCAUCAUCAUCGUGGGAGAUGACCGAGGCUACGUCACCAGCCUGAAGCUUUCACCCAAUCUCCGCAAGAAGCCAAAGGAGAAGAAGGGACAGGAGGUCCCAAAGGGGCCAGAGGUGGAGAUAGAAAAGCUGGAGAAACUGCUGAGUCUACUGAGAGAUACAGACAGCAAUGUACAGACGUAACCGACUAACACCACACCUCAAGUGCUCUUAAACAUCACAGCUGUCACAGCUUACAGUCUUACAAAACACACACGUGUACAGUAUAUAAGUAUGUAAUAAAUAAAACUGUAGGAAUAUCAAUCAAGGUAGAUUGAUGCAGUGUAACACAAAUCAGAGUUACUUUUCAUACUGUAGCACUGCAAUUUGCCAAUAAUUACAAUCUUUUAUAUUUAAUGUUGUGAAUUGUUCCUGUUAUCACCAUCAGCUAUAAACCAUCCUUCCUCUUACGCACCUUUUUUUUCUCUACUUUGAUGUUAAAUAAACAAAUUAAGACAAAAGAAAUGCUGCUCGUCAUGAAACUCUAAAACCUGUCCUGAUAUGGAAAACUUUAAAGUUACUGCUUUACCUCUCGAGUAAGGUUGAAUAAACGUCUCCUCAGAGAAAACCUGGAAAACGACCGUAUAAACAAUUGUA